CUCACCAUCAUGAAGCCCUUUCACCACCAAAAACACUCAGGUUACAAUCACAUCCCUCUCAUCAGCGUGAAUUCACCCACCCCUCUACCCCCUCGCAACACUCAACCCCCUACAUCUCUGCCGAAACAAUUAGAUCAUGAUCGCAUUUUUACCAGAUGCUUUCUAAAACAAAAUGGAAUGGAACCAGAGGAACUAGAUGAUGAUCACCAAGAUCUUCAGAAAUCUUCCAAUCCAGAGCCUCAUAAAAACUUUGAGAAGAAGUUUAUCACAAUGAGCAAAGUUGAUCAAUCCUCAAGACGUAGCAGUAGUGUUCAUUUCUCUUAAAUGAAUACUUAAAAUAACAUCCAGAUUAAUAAGGAGAACAGUUGGGACAAAGAUUUAUCAAAGUAUGGGGUUCAUAGUUAACCAAUCCAUGAGCUCCAGAGUCUAUCAACCUUAUGAAGUAAAUCCAAUUCAUUCCAGAGGGUCUAAGGACAUUGGCAAAUAUUGAAUAAUUCCUAUAUUUGACAAUCAGUCUGAAGAUAUCUUCUUUGAGAACAGAUUCGAUCCAAGGAGGCAUAAAAAUAAUAAAGAGGGCAUUCCUCAGGAAUCUAUUUCAAAAACUACCUCUGGUUUUCUCACUUCCAGAGCAACCUCAGAUCCUCAUUUUAAUACUGAGACAAAUUUUGCAAAAAUCAAGAAUAUUAAGAAAAGAAUAAAGAUGCUCCACACUAGCAAAUUCACUGGUCUUUAUACCUCAAAUAUAAAAUCAUCAAGAGGCUCACAAACAGUGAAAUCAGGAACAAGGAAAUCAUCGCAUCAGAAAUGAGUUGCACCAAGGCAGAUCUCCAAAUCCCAGAGUGAUUUGCGCUCAAAUAUUCUCCUAAAGCAGAAAUACAUAGCUCAUCUGACACACAGGAAUUACAAGAAGAAGAGAAAGGAAUAUAUGAAGGAGUUCAUCAAGUAUUCCAACCUAAAAAGCGUCAUUAACAAGUGCUUCGAAGACCUUGCUGAUUUUAAAGCUAAAUAAUUCAAUGUUAAUCACUUCUUAAAACCAUCUUGGUUUGGUCCCAACUGGCUGAAAGUGCAGAGAGGCCAAAACUUUGUUAAUGAAUUAUUUAGAUUUAGCCCGAUAUAGUAUAUAAUCCAGAUACCUCAAGUUUAGAAACUGGGAGAAUUUGGAACAUAAUAUUCUUGCCUCCAAAAAGAGUGAUCUAAUAAGUCUAUUAGCAACAAAAUAGGCGAAAUACAAGUGUGACAAAUACUAAUCUUCUGAGGGUUUGACUAGAACUGAUUUACCAAGUUACGCCCUUCUUCCUUUUAUUCUAAUUAAAUUGGUUUUAAGAAAAAAGUCAGUUGGGAUUGACUUUUGAAAUUUUUCAAAAACUGAAAAUUUGAGAUAGCUAUAGAAAGAAGGAUCUGGUAGAAAAAUUCUCAGUGUUUUAUGAAUUACUAGAUAGAUGAAAACGGUACGUUAAAAUAGGGGAUAUAAGAAGAAAUUUAAAUAAUUUGAUCAUAUAGCUUUCUUUCAUGUCAUAAGAAGUUAUACAACCGCUUGCUAAGUAGAGUAUUAAGGAAAUAUUUCAAUGAAACUUCAUUUGCCUAUUAAGUCGAAUUAGAAGUUCAGAACCAGGCCCUGAGACAUAGUCUCGAGCAGAGAGUUCUUCUCUUUAACAAUAUCGGUUAUGUUAUUAUAUAUAAAAUCAAUUAC